CUCCUGCAAAGAUGAGGGUGUCUGAAGCCACACUAGCCAUCUCCAGUUGUGGAGGGAGCCGAACAACAAUGAGUCCAAUUACACGUGUCAUGGCAACAUCGACUCCUGCAAGGAAAGAGAAAUUUAAACCAGAAUUAGAGCUCGUUGGCUCAUCUAAAAGAAACAGUGAUUAUAACCUCAGUAAACUAAAAUCAGAAACUCCCAUCAGAAAGUCACCAGAAUGUAUCUCUGCUGAAAGAGAAUAUGGGACUUCAGCCAACAACAAGCCUGUUGGAGCAGCUCCAGAGAGCAGUAAAGCAGAUUCAGAAGGCAAGCAGGAACCAAGGCUUGGAAAUGGAUCAAAGAAAUUUUGCAAGCAGAUUACUGCAGCCAAGGUUGCUGAGAUGCUGCAGGAGGAUCAAGACAAGGCCAGAGCGUCUGAAGAAGAAAAUUUAGCGGAUUCAAUGAAUAUUGUGCCUGACUCCCAGCCAAUGAUGAAAAAAGACAAGACUUUGUUGCCUAACCCACUGAUCAGCUUUUCCAGGGAUCAGGAUUUCAUCUCUAGACGCAGAGUUUCAGUGGCUGGGGGUGUCUCUCUUCAACAAGGACAAUCUUUCCAGAACCGAGUGUCCAAACAGCAAGCCUUCUCCGCGGCUUUCAAUGACCAGUCACCUCCACAGCUGCAAAGAUCCAAAGAGCCAAAUCAAAAACAAGUACAAGAACAGCUGGCUGAAAAACUGGAGAAACCCAACAAAGAGAAGAAACAGAAACGGAAACAAAAAGCUGAUGGCAAAAAGUCUUCUGGGGAGACGAGAGCUUUGGAAGAAAACCAUGCUGCAGCGAGAGGCAUCAAGGGACAAGGGCAGGCACCUCUGGCUCUACAGAAGGCAGAGAACAGUGCAAUACAAUGCAGCAAAUCUAAUAAAAAACCUGCAUUGGGCAGCUCCAGAAAAGAAGCAAUACCCCAGGAGAUGAAUCCAGCUAGAAAUCAUAGAGACUCUUUAUCUCACAGACAGGAGAAUCUUCAAAGAGGAAGGGAGAGAGAGAUGGAAGUGUACUAUAGGGAAAUGAAAGAGAAGGUUGUUUAUGUGUUUCAUUAUUUAUCAAACCAGGUGCACAAUCACCAAAACUGUUAGCAAAUUGAUUACGCAGCUACCCUAGCUAAUCUAGACAAUUCUUCAUUCUCCUCUA